AUGAACUUUCCACAUUUAUUUGAAAAUGAUUUUUAUGCUAUUUUACCUGAGCUUUACCUAACUUUAAGUACUCUCGUUUUACUGCUUUUUGGGGUUUUUUACAGUACCUCAAAAAAACACCAGAGUCCCAGUAUGAUGCAAACCGUUGCUUGGUUGGGUCUUUUUUGUUUAUUUUGUACUUUUUGUCUUUUGCAAAAUUUACCGUUUUCCUCGAUGACUUUUUUUUACGCGACGCUUAUUAUGGAUCCUUUAAGUUUUUUUUUUAAAACUUUAGUACUUUUAGGAUCAGGAUUUUCUCUUUUUAUCUCUUUACAAUAUUUCCAAGCGGAAGAUUUUAAAGAUUUUGAAUAUACCCUUUUACUUCUUUUUUCGACUUGCAGUAUGCUUUUACUCAUUUCUGCUUCGGACUUUAUUUCUAUGUAUCUGGCUAUUGAGAUGCAAAGUUUAUGCCUUUACGUUUUAGCGGCUUCAAAACGAAAUUCGGAGUUUUCUACGGAAGCCGGGUUAAAGUAUUUUUUGCUUGGCGCUUUUUCUUCAGGUAUUUUACUUUUUGGUUGCUCGAUUCUCUAUGGUUUAACGGGUUUAACCGGGUUUCAAAGUUUUUCUAAACUUUUUUCUGGCGUUGGUGGGUCCCUCGCGAUGGAGACACAAAGUUUCCUUUCUGUAGGUGUUCUUUUUAUUGCCGUUGGUUUUUUAUUUAAACUCACAGCCGCGCCUUUCCAUUUUUGGGCCCCUGACGUGUAUGAAGGUGCUCCGACAAGUGUGACCGCUUUUUUCUCAAUUGCCCCUAAAUUAGCUAUUAUGGCUGUCUUUUUGCGUUUAUUCCUGGUAGGUUUCUAUGAUUUUCUUUUUUCAUGGCAAUCUAUUUUAAUCGUGUCUAGCCUUUUAUCUUUAUUUAUCGGGUCUUUUGGUGCAGUGUCUCAAACUCGUGUAAAACGCCUACUUGUUUAUAGUUCGAUCGGUCAUAUGGGUUACCUUUUAAUGGGUGUUGCUUCUGGUACUGUGGAGGGUGUGCAAUCUGUGUUGCUUUACCUUUGUAUUUAUUCCGUAAUGACAUUAAACAUUUUCGCGAUCGUUCUUUCUCUACGCGACGAGCAAACUGGUCAAAAUGUUAAAUAUAUCGAAGACAUGAGUAUGCUUUCAAAAAGCCACCCCCUCCUGGCUUUUUCUUUAACACUUACUAUGUUCUCAAUGGCUGGAAUCCCACCUUUAGCGGGCUUUUGUAGUAAAUUUUACCUUUUUUUUGCAGCUUUAAGCUCUUCUCUUUAUUUUUUAGCUGUUUUCGGUAUUUUAAGCAGUAUGCUUAGUUGUUUUUAUUAUCUUAGAGUUAUUAAAACCAUGUACUUUGACCAAUCAAAACAACCUUUCCAAAACGUUAAAAUGGAUCAUGAAAAAUCUUGGGUAAUUACUUUAACCACACUUUUUGUGGUAUUUUUCUUUCUUUAUCCAAAUGUAGCUUUUUUAUGGACACAAAAAGUAGCACUUCUUUUCUUAGGUUAA